GAUCGUUGCACUUACUCUGUUAUCCUAAGGAAGGUGGGCUGAUAAGUGUAGCUAGCCAAAGCCUGAGGUGAUCUGCCGGAUUGAUGAACGUAAGUAACUAGCCCAAGUUGCGAUGACUCACACCACAGGAGACGAUACCGACAUCUAAAAGAUUAUAGCAUUUACACUACUUCAAUCUCAUCGAAAAACAUUGUUCGACUGCAAGAGAGACGAGAUGACCUCUGCAUUUUCAACUCCCCAGCUUGGCAAGUAUCUUAAGCACCUCGCACUUCCCCCUGAAUAUGACCAAUUUAUCCACAAUCCGCAGUCUUUCCCGAAGACGGAAGAAGGACUGACUACUCUUUUCCGGGGUCAAAUCACACGAUUUCCAUACGAUAACUUGUCCGCACAUUAUUCCAAUGCAGAUGUAAUCGACAUUCAGCCGGAAAGCAUCUAUGCCAAGUUUAUGAGCCCCGAGGAUUCAGAGCCAUCUGGGCGAGGAGGCUAUUGCCUAGAGUGCAGUCUCUUUUUCUACCAUGCUCUCCUGGGCAUGGGGUUUUCGGCCUAUACGACGGGAGUCCGGAACCGAGCGCGGAUUGAUGGCGUGCCUCAAGGCGAAUACAGGGGAUGGACACACAUCGUGACUAUCGUGCAACUUCCAUCCGGGGAGAAAUACCAUGUCGACGUCGCAUUUGGGGGCGAUGGACCAACACGACCGCUGAGACUAGUUUCAGGACAAAUCGUUCAUAAUCUCGGAAGGCAAGAGGUGCGACUUGUUUACGGAAACAUUCCCAAACAAACACGCCCGGAGCAAAAGCUCUGGGUCUACCAGUACCGCAAUGGGCCCGCACAGGAGUGGAAUUCGUUCUAUGCCUUUGCAGAGCUGGAGUUCUUCCAAGAGGAUUUCGAAGUAAUGAAUCGGUAUACAAGCUGGGAAGCUCGGGACAGAGGCAAUUUCUGGGUUGUCAAGUUCAUACGUGGUGGGGAGACGGAGGGACUGGCUCUGCUUGAUGGCGAGGGUGUCUGUGCGGAUACAGGCGCGGUUCCUAUAGUUGGGAAACUCAUGUACGUCAACGGGGUGGUGAAACUGAAUAUGGGAGGGAGAACACGAGUCAUCGAUUCGUUCCAGAGUGAGGAGGAGAAAUUUUGCGGUCUGAGGAGAUGGUUUGGCAUGACGGUUGACUCGAUACGCCUUUGAAUUGGGAGCCCAAGCCUAGUGCGUAGUAGGCAAGGGAGGAUUUAAAAGCCGUUAUUUGAGCAUAGUUGAUGACGCAUACAGUCAUGACGAAUAUGAUGAAGACAAGAACUAGCAUGAUAUCGGUAUCAUCAAUUGCGAUCGACGGCGAGAUUCACCAGGGAAUUCGCAAAUCAUGGUAAAAAAGCAGCGGAAUCUAUUCCCCUCGACGAGCAGGACUACGCCAAUACAUUAGUCGCGGAAAGAAAAAGUACAGUACAACUGUGUGCCCAAGUGGCUAAAAUGAU